AUGGGCCGUCGCAAAUGUGACUCGUCUGCGGAUGAGAGACCAAUGGUGAACGAAUUGCGCGCAACGAUGGACAAGCAUUCAGUGGAGGCGAAAGCACCAAGAAGCGACUCAGGUCAGCUUGCGAAUUGCAGGCUGGGUGUGACAUAUAUUGGUGUCAUCAACACCCAGGAUCCACUGCUGUUUGGAAAAUACAAGAAUUGCACGCAGGUGAAGGUGAACAAGCUAAUCGGAUUCUCCAGGAAAGAAGGGAUUCUAGCAAUGCGAGAAGAUACUGCCAUACCGAUCAUACUGUCCAGCACAUGCCUUUUAUGCAAGUCAAGUCACAUCCUGCGGCUGCUCGCAUCUAAUGACGACUUCUCGAAUUAUGCAAUAGAUGUUGGGACCAAGGCCUUUAAUUACACCACCAGCCUGGACAAGUACUCCGAAUACCUGCAAUUGCGCUCCAAAUGGCACUUAUCACACCGUCACAAUGAAACGCUAUCACGACAGGGCAACGGCAAGGAUCACGGUGUGGCUAAUGGCGGUCAUUUGUAUCCUCGCUCAUUCCGGCAGGUCAACGGUUGGUUCGAGCCUCUGUUGUUGCACUAUCGCAUGCUUCGCCACAGCCAUAUGAUGGGUGACAAAAUAGAGGCUAUGUCCACGAACCUCUGCAAGGACCCGGGGAUUAUCGAAUCUGAGAAAAUUGAGGAGGUGCAUCCACUGGUUGCUGGCCUCCGGAAAACACUUGAGAUUGCGGAGCACACAAAUGUAAUAAUUGGAGAAACUGGGAAUAUAAUCAAGCGGAAGAAAUGGAUACGGUACGAUGCGCCAGUCUCCGAGUCACUCGUGGCGAUAGACCCCAUAAUGCAAGCACGCAUCCAACAUCGCCACGAGUUGGAGGGACAUGAUCAUGCUGCAAUCAUCAAGUUGCUCUCGUAUGUCCAGCACUUGGUAAUUGCGAAGGCAACUGCCUCUUCGACCCAGAGUCUGAUGGCAGCGAACGUUGUUCGAGGAACUAAAGAUCAACUCCACACGUUUGCACGCAAGGGCGAUGACAGUAUGGAAUUUAAUGACAAGGAUGCCGUCGAUCUUAUGAUUCCGAUCAUACAAGGCCUAGAAGAUCAAAAUACGAUUGAUGAACAGAUUCUGCCGCCCACACCUACAGUUCCGAUGGCGACGCGGGCGUACAAAGUUGCCUGCCUGCCUACACCUUUGGAAUCGCGGUGGGCACACUCACGGACCAUUGUGCGCGAUUCUACGACAAUACACGAUGUUGAACCACCCAAUCCAGUGGAUGUUGAUGACUCUGCGUCACUUGAGUCAUUUCCGACUAAUUCCCUCUCACACACGCUGAGUGUGACCAGGACACCGCGGACCGAGGCAAGGACGUAUCUUGUUGGCGAUAGAGGUGAAAGCGAUGGAUCUGCCGAUGGAGCGGUGGCAGGCGCGACCGCUGCCGGUGCACUCACAAGUUCAGGCAUGGAAGAUGGCCCUAUUCCUGCUUGGAGGUGGAUGCCAACAAUCACAACAACAGGCGCAUCCAAGACGUCUGAAUCACGCACUGAAACACCUGGACCUUAA